CUGAAUUCCUAACCCUAGCCUUGGCCCUUGCCCCUCUCGCUCUCUCUCCAUGGCCGACGCCUCCGCGUCCCCGUUAUUGUAGAGGUGUGGGGGGAGGCUCUGGCCCUCCAUGGAAUCCGCCCGCGCGGCCGCUGACCAAGGGAGGAGACCGGCCGGGGGAGAAUGAGGCGCUGCCGCGUGCCGCCCGCCGACGGGUGCAGGGCCAUGGGAGCUGCGGGAGGGGUGAAGGCGACGUCGCUCGGCAGCCGCAGCCGCAGCCGCGCGCUGCCACCGCCCGCCCCGUUCUCCGAGCCCUUCACCGAACGCCCGAUGACGACACCCGCGGCCGCGCCGUCCCCCGCUGCAUCGCCGGCCGCUCGCGACCGUGCGUAGCGGGCGCCGCUCCGCGCGCCUGUCCGGCGAUUCCCUCUGGCUCACCUUGUGCUCUGCUUCCUGUCUUCCGGUCUGUGAUUCUAGAUUCGUUUGUUCGCGUCGGUGAUCUGAAAUGGAGGUUUUCGGCGAUCGGGGUAAGGUGGUCGAUGCUGAGUGCGUUGAGGUGGAUCCAACCAGGCGGUACAUACGCUACAAUGAGGUGCUAGGGAGAGGAGCUAUGAAGACUGCUUACAAGGCAUUUGAUGAGGUUGAAGGUAUUGAGGUUGCGUGGAGUCAAGUGGAGAUAAAUGAGGUUAUGCAAUGUCCAGAUAAUCUUGAACGACUGUACUCUGAAGUUCAUCUACUAAAGUCUCUCAAGCAUGAAAAUGUAAUGAAGUUCUAUAAUUACUGGUUUGAUGAUCAAAAGAAGACGGUUAAUGUUAUUACAGAACUUUUCACGUCUGGAAGUCUCAGGCAGUACCGUCAGAAACAUCCACGUGUUGACUUGAAGGCAAUAAAGAAUUGGGCUAGACAGAUACUUCACGGAUUGGAUUACCUGCACACUCAACAACCUCCAAUUAUCCACAGAGACCUUAAGUGUUACAACAUUUUUGUUAAUGGGAAUCAUGGAGAAGUUAAGAUUGGAGAUCUUGGGUUAGCCACGGUGAUGCUAGCACCUAAGGCAAAGAGUGUUAUUGGUACUCCUGAAUUCAUGGCGCCUGAGCUAUAUGAUGAGAAUUAUGAUGAACUUGUUGAUAUAUACUCAUUUGGAAUGUGUAUGUUGGAGAUGUUCACUCUUGAGUAUCCCUACAGUGAAUGUACAAAUGCAGCUCAGAUUUUUAAGAAAGUAUCUAAAGGUGUCAAACCGGCUUCUCUGGCUAAGAUUACAAAUAUUCAGGCAAAGCAGUUUGUCGAGAAAUGUUUAGCUCCUGCUUCUGAAAGGCUGUCCGCCAAAGAACUAUUGCAAGACCCCUUUCUUUGCUCUGAUAAUUCACGUGGUCUUGUUGGCACUAAGUUUCCAUCAUCGUUACCCAAAGCAGUAGAAGUCUCUCUGGAAUCUUUGCACAUGGAUGUUGACACCCACGAAUCAAUGUGUACUAGCACAGGCAAGAGAAAUGAUUUUGGUGGUCCACAAAGAUCUGUGUUGGAGUUCACGCGAACUAACAAAAACACAGAGCUAAAGCUAACAGGCGAGAAACUUGAUGACAAUUCAGUAUCACUGGUUUUGCGAAUUGCCGACUUGUGCGGACAUGCAAGGAAUAUACAUUUUCUCUUCUACUUGGAUUCUGAUACAGCUAUGUCUGUUGCUGCUGAAAUGGUCGAGCAGUUGGAGCUAUCAGACUGUGAUGUUACUUUCAUUGCUGAUUUUAUCGAUCUUUUGAUAGUGAAUCUUGUCCCUGGUCAGCAGCUGAUGAAUGAUGCAUCAAUGAGUACUUCCAGCGAAUCUAAAAUGGGUGAAAGUGAGCACGUCAUUACUUCCCAGCAGCAUCUGUCAGAGUUGACACAUGAUUAUGUGCUACUUGAAGGUGUGAUGCACUCCACAGAAGCCAAUGCAUCACCAAGUGCUUAUACUGAUUCUCUCUUGAGUGAAGCCAACAGAGGACCAAAUAGCUCUGAAGGGUCAGACAUUUCUCUUCAGCUUGAUGGGAGUUCCAAAAUUUCUACUGAUUGUGGUGUCGACGAAUAUGAGAGACAGCAGUGUGGUACGUACAAAGGAGCCGAAAAACUGGGUUGCAGCCAUCCGUUAGAUAAUGGGUCGAGUAAUUUUGCAGUAUUCCAGACGUCACAUCACACGGAGUUGGUGAUCGGUUCAUCGGUUUCAGUUACUGAAAAUCAAGAUGUGCUAAAUGGAGAACUUGGUCUGAUUGAAGCUCAGUAUGACCGAUGGUUUCAUGAAUUAACAAGGAUGCGUCAAGAAGCUUUGGAAGGAGCUCGAAAGAAGUGGUUACCAGAUGAAUGAUGUUUGAACUCAAGCUUCGUCUUUCAUACUUUCAUCUGAACAUCAUAAGAAAGAAUGCUCAGAUGUUCCAGCUUCCUUGUUCUACAUUUCUUUUCUUUUCUGUUGCAUACAUAGUUGAGCGACGUUAAUAAAUUUUAGUUUAAACGUUGCUGUAAUAUGCUAUGCUGCAAAGCUAGCUUGUUGGUAAUUAUUAAGCUGCCUGGCUAGAGUUUAUAGCAUGACAUUUUGACGACUUCAAUGAAUUGUUGAUGCCGUUUAUUGCGAAAUGCCAUUAUUGAUGAAAACAAAUAAUGAAAACUUAGGUAGAACAUUCAGCAGAGCGAGGCCUUGUGGCC